AUGAAAGCUACUCUCCUCCUUUGUCUCAGCGUCGUCGUCGCCGCGGCCAUUGAUCUGGACAGCCAUGAUUUUCGCAUAAGCAUCAACGACAAGACCGGUGCCAUUGACAAAAUCACCGAUCCACGCUUCGAAAAUGUCAUGAACUGGGUCAGUACCGGUUCUAACGCGCCCUGGCUCCCGACCGGAAGUCGGUGGGGUCUAGGCUACGCAGACUUGGGCCAGUAUUCUCUCCACCGCAGUUUCUGGAACUUCCCUCGGAUCACGAAGCACGACAACACCAUUGACGCAGUUUAUAACGCUGGACCAAUGGAACUUUGGGUCAGCCGAAGCAUCAACCACGCAAAUCAAUCCUUCACUGAGUCUUAUACUUUCACGAACAAAGGCGCCACACCUCUCAAACUGGACAGCCGAGGAACAACAUCCUUGGCCAUCUACACCCCUUUCAACGAUCAUUAUACAAACACGAGUGAUUGCGUUGAGGCGCGCUCACAUGCUCAUGUCUGGGCGUUCGGGGGAGCUUCUUCCUGGGUCAAGUUGACCCAGAUGGGCGGGAAGUAUCGGAAUCUCGGAUUUGUCUUGACCCAUGGCGCCUUGGUGGGUUACAGCAUCGAGGCGCGCGAUCCCGUUACGCUGUCUAACACGCGUGGCGUCUUCCUACUUCAUCCUUCCAUUCCCACUCUGGAGCCAGGCGCAUCGAGUACGAUCGCCUGGACGUGGUUCUGGCAUAGCGACUGGGAGGAUUUCUUCAAGCAGAGCGCCGUGCACUCCGAGCAGUUCGUACGGAUCGAGACAGACAACUACACAACCAUCACCAAAGAGACAGGCUCCAUCUCCCUCACUGGUGCUCCUGUCAACGCCAACACGAAAAUCAGUGGCCAAGCAGUGCAAUGUGACGACGACAAAUGCUACUACAACUUCACCGCCGGGCGUCCAGGCCGGACGAAUCUCGUGGUCACCACGGAGAAUGGCUAUAAUUCUACAAUUUUUCUCAAUGUCGUCCCAAGGUACGACGACUUGAUUGCUAGCCCUAACGCUCUGGCGACGUGGGAUACAUCCACAGACCGGAACCCCGGCCGCGAACGUGUGGGAAUGGGCAUCCUCAUCGCACGCUGGUUAAAGAAGGACCCGGAGAACUUUGAAUUGCGACAGUCUCUAGAGAAGUACUACACUUAUGUGUCGACCAAGCUACAGGAAGAGAAUGGGUUUGUCCGUGAUAGGCCAAUCGGGGUGGAUGGCAACAAGAAGCGACUCUACGACUGGCCCUGGGUCCUCCAGUUUCACAUUACAGUUGCUGCUCUCGACCUUAACUUGACCGGGACAGUAGCGGAGAAGACACCGCUUGAGCGCUUUAUGCUCACCCUGGAGAACUUUUACGCUGAAGGUGGCGGCGCAUUGUACGCCAUCGGCCUCCCCAUUCUAGAGAGCCUGCGCGCACUAGAAAAGCACGGAAACAAAGAAUGGCUAGAGAGGGCUAAGGAGUUGUUUCUCGCCCAUGGAGGGAAUAUUGCGAAGCAAGGACUCGACUACCCGUCGUUCGAGGUCAACUUUGAACAAUCCAUUGUCGCCCCCGCCGCUGUCAUGCUUCUUGAGCUCUGGCGCUAUACAGGCGAUGACAAGUGGCUGGAAGCCGGCAAGUUACAUCUGGACACCCUUCUGCUCUUUGCGGGCAAGCAGCCCGACUAUCGCCUCCACGACGUCGCGAUCCGCCACUGGGACGGCUACUGGUUCGGUAAAGAUCGUAUGUGGGGGGACACGUUCCCUCACUACUGGAGUACGUUGAACGCCAUCGCGCUGCAUCACUAUGGCAAAGGCUUAAAGAACGACACCCAAGGCGAGGCGGCGUUGGCCUUGAAGGCGGCCAACGGCAUCAUUCGAAACAAUCUUGCUUUGUUUGAGGCGAAUGGGCGCGCUUCGUGUGCGUACAUUUACCCGACUUCCGUCAAUGGCCGCGCUGGGAAUUACAAGGAUCCGUAUGCAAAUGAUCAAGACUGGGUGUUAGCUCACCUGCUGCAGAUCGAGGAGGACAAUGCCUUUGAUGAAGAGUGA